CUGCUGCUCUUAUAAACAAACCUCUUUGGGUGAUGAAUGUGAUUCCUGUGGCUGGUGAAGACACCUUAUCAACAAUUUUCGAUAGAGGUUUGAUCGGGAUAUACCAUGAUUGGUGUGAGUCGUUCAAUACAUACCCUAGAUCAUAUGAUCUCUUGCACUCUAGUUUCCUUCUCACUAAUCUUUCUCAAAGGUGUGAGUUGAUGGAGGUGGUAGUGGAAAUAGACAGAAUAGUAAGACCAGGAGGGUAUCUUGUGGUGCAAGACACAGUUGAAAUGUUGAAGAAGCUAAAUCCUAUUCUUUUAUCUCUCCGAUGGUCAACGAAUGUGUACAGAGGCAAAUACCUUGUUGGCGUCAAGUCUUCGUGGCGUCCGUGAAGAGUUCUUUGACGUUUUGAGCAACGCUGUUCUUAAUUUUGUUGAAGCGUAAUUUUGGCUUGGAAAGUAUAGGAAUGAAUCUAAAAGGCGAAAUUAUUUUUGACAAAGUGUUCUUUAUUAACUAAGCUUUCAAAAGAAUUGAAGUUUUAUAUACAAAUCUUUUUUUCUCUAA